CUUCUCUCUCUUUCGACGCGAGGUCAGGUUCUAGAGCUCGGAUCCGUACUUCCCAUUGGCGGCAAUGAACCGCCUGUUGAGACACUCGCCGAUCUCCUCCUCCUCCGUCGUCGCCACCGUGAGGAGGUGCCUAUCCACAGCUGCGGCGUCUGAGGUCGAUGCUCGCUUGAAAUCCCCCUUGUACCCUCACGGUUCUCUCCCCCCGAGCGCAGAUCCCAAGGUCAGGAGCGUCCAGUGGGUGUUCCUGGGCUGCCCGGGUGUCGGAAAGGGCACUUACGCCAGCCGCCUCUCCGCCCUCCUUGGUGUCCCCCACAUCGCCACUGGCGACCUCGUCCGGGAAGAGCUCUCGUCCUCCGGCCCCCUCUCCCAACAGCUUGCAGAGAUUGUGAACCAAGGGAAAUUGGUUUCAGAUGAGAUUAUAAUAAGCCUGUUAUCUAAGAGACUUGAGUCUGGAGAAGCUAAAGGUGAAUCUGGAUUCAUUUUGGAUGGGUUUCCUCGAACAAUAAGACAAGCGGAAAUCUUGGAUGAGGUCACAGAUAUUGACUUGGUCGUUAACUUAAAGCUCCCUGAAAGUGUACUUGUUCAGAAGUGCCUUGGGCGAAGAAUGUGCAGCCAGUGCGGGAAAAAUUUUAACGUGGCGUCCAUUGAUGUCAAGGGUGAGAAUGGGAGUCGUGGAAUUAGCAUGGCUCCGCUUCUUCCUCCUCCAGAAUGUGUUUCAAAGCUCAUCACUCGGGCCGAUGAUACAGAAGCUGUAGUAAAAGAGCGCCUUCGUGUAUACCAUGAAAAGAGUCAACCUUUGGAGGAGUUAUACCGUGAUCAAGCAAAAUUGCUCGAGUUUGAUCUUCCUGGAGGGAUCCCAGAAUCGUGGCCAAAGUUGCUGAAAGCCCUUAAUCUCGAUGAUGACGAAGAGAAGCAGUCUGCUGCAGCAGCAUAAUCGUGGCCAAUUUAGUGAGUUAUAUAGACAAGCAUUCUUUGGCAUCGUUUAAGGCAAAUGCCAAGUAAUUUUGCAGAAUGAGGAGGUUAUUUUAAUUUUGAUUUUAGGUAUCUGCAAUGAAAAUAAAAACAAAGCAGUGAUUAACCCAGCUAGCCAUAUGGGAUCGUGGUGGCUGCCUGGCAGUGGCUGGGCUUUUUGGAUAGCUAUUACACAAUACACAAUAGUUAUGUUGUAACCUUAGGGAUGAAACCAUGUCCAUGAGAGUUUUGGGAUUUUACAUUCUAUCAAAUAAAAGGAGGCAUUUUCCAUGGUUUUAUAAAGUGUUUGGCUGUUGUGGAC